AUGCUCUACGAUCUCGAAUUCGAUCCAAAACUGCUUGAUAGACGCCAAUCCGAUGAUGAAAUCUCGAGCACGAAAGGAUCAUUGAGAACAUAUCAUUGGGGAGUUUCCGCCAAUGUCACCCCACCACUCACGAUGAUUCUCGACAAAAAGGUCAACAGCGCCGAUUUCACUUUUCACAUCCACGAGCAGCUUCUUACCGAGGCGGUGGCUGUUCUCUGUCAAGGGCUCAUCGAAAAAGAAUUCUCAACUCCUUCGAUUUCCACGCUCAAGUUGAGCUGCAAUGGAGUUCCCCGGGUGAAUGUCUCGGAAAAUCAAGAGAAAAAUAAAAUCCUUGUCACGGUUCCGCUGAAAGCCGAGCUUUAUGAGAAAAAUGAAAGAAAAAUAUUUGAAUACGAGAAAGAUUUGUUUACAAGAUUGAUGUAUCAGCAAAAUUUUGGCAAGUUCAUUUUCUAUUUGCAAGUUCUUAGCGAGAAGAUUUCCGGAGAUGAGGCACAAAUCAGAUUUCAUUAUGGGAGAGAGAUCUAUCUUCAUCUCGUUGAAAUGUUCAAAAAGUACGUCACACUGCCAUUGCCCACAUUUGUUGGAGCAAACUUUUCGGUGGUCGGCCUCUCAUCGCACGAAGAUCGACUCGAGCUUGCUGUGAAUCUCCAA